AUGGUGACUGCGAAACUUUUAGGCUGCACGUGCAAUCGAGGACCUCCAGGACCGAUGGGACCUCCCGGUCCUGAUGGCAAAGUGGGUCUGCCAGGUAUGGCAGGAAGACCCGGUCGCGCUGGAAAGCCUGCACCGCCAGGCGCAGUUUUGGAAGCGCCCGCCGCCAAGCAGUGCACACAAUGUCCGGACGCACCGGCUGGACCUCCAGGAAUGGCUGGAAUGAAGGGCCCGAGAGGACCACCCGGUGAACCGGGAAUGAGAGGCGAAACCGCACCUGCAGGAAUGCAAGGGCCGCCUGGACCGCCAGGUCCUCAAGGCCCACCAGGAAUGGCCGGUUCUAAAGGCCCAAGAGGUGACGAUGGCGAGCGUAUCGUUACCGAAGGACCACAAGGACCCCCAGGACCUCAGGGUCCAGUCGGACCUGAUGGACCACGCGGACCCCCAGGAACUCGAGGAAGACCUGGUGUAAAGGGCGUCAUUGGACCCGCAGGAGACAUGGGCGACGUCGGUCCACCUGGCAGAGCAGGUCCAAAAGGAAUUCCAGGACAAAUGGGAAUUCGCGGAAUCGAUGGCGGCUGUGCACAUUGUCCACCUCCUAGAACUGCUCCAGGAUAUUGA